AUGGGGAAAAUUAAAAGGUUGUUCAGGCGCGCGCGCCGUGAGAGGCAAAAACACAAAUUCGACAUUUCGGUAAAUUUUAUCGAAUUAAAAAAUGACAACAACGACAUUCUCCAAGUGGCAUAUGAGUUGGUGAGAAACUCGAAAUUCAUAACUUCGAGUGAACAGGCACAGCUACGCAAGGGUCGAGCAUAUUUUAAAAAUCCACUGGUGAUGGACCUCACCCUAUAUUGUAAAAAAAAACAAACAAAAAUUUGGGAAAAAAAAAAAUUUUUUUUUUUCAUUUUUUACAAAAUUUGUGGAAAUAAAAAUGUCGUGAUAGGAAAGACUAAAAUUGACUUCAGUCAAUUUGUGUCUACUUCGAAUCAACUGUAUAAUGUCUCUUUUGUCAUUUUAAAAAAUAUGCUCAACUGCGGAACUGCUCACUUGAAGGUACGUUGUGGCAGCACCAUGGGGGCAGGGGCACACGACAUCACCGCAACGUCGGUAGACAGUGGGGCGAUCAUAUUCCCCACCUUUGCCACUCGCAGUUGUUCGCUGCCCCCCGGUGGGGAGACCUCCAGUGGGGAGAUGAACGACGCUAGCAAAAAUGAUAGUGAUGAUGGAGGCGGCAAUGGAAGCAUGCACGGGAGCAGCUUCUCCAGCGAAGAAAUGAAUGUGACGGCGUACACAUGGGAGGACAGCACAACCAACGCAGAGAAGGAAAAAAACAACUGGAGUAGCAAAAGUGCCCAAUAUGAUCGUUCCAUUUACUCGUGCGAUAACUCCAUUGCUGCGUUAGAAAGGUCCAUAAAUAGUUCGCUAAAAAAGUUAAGGCAAAUGAAUGGCCCGCGCUGGCACCAUCGACCCAGUGGGGCCAAUGCGAACGGUGUUACUAUGCAAGGGAAACCACCCAGGGGGGGCCCAAUGGCACACACAAAUGGGGAGAAAAAAAACACCGAGUGUGAAAACCCCCCCUGCUGCAGUAAGAAAAACACGCAGAUGUACCAUCUUCAAAAAAAAAUAAACAGAAGGAAAAACAAAAAAGAAACUCAUCACUCAACAUUGGAAGUACAGUCAGUUAUCCGAAAUAUGGAGAAGGCAAUAAAAAACGCAGAAAUGAUACAACGUAUAAACAGAUCCGUUUUGCAACAAAACGGUGAGGAAGAAGCAACUGAGGGAGGGCACACAACAAGGCGUACACAAGUGCAGACGCCAACCAAGCGAUACGACUCGGUUAACAAACUGAAGAAACAUCCCCACCGUAAGGGAAUCAACUCUGCGAAAAGGCAAGUGGAAUGCCAUCCACGAGAAGAACAAAAUGAUCAAAGCAGCCAUCCCAGUAAUUACAACAUGCACGUCGACAUGGAAGAAAAAAACUGCAAAGUUGGGACGCCACCAAAUGAAGAAUCACCAAUGGAAAAUAAUUUUCACCCUACAUGUGGGGCGUUAAACAACACGAACUGGACACUUGGACACAAUGAAUUGCAACGUUCUGUUGAACGAGGUGAACUUUUCGAACCGUCCAUGAUGGCACUUCGACAGUUACUCCUCCUCAUCAGUGCACAAACGACUCACGAAUGGGACGACUACCACCGCGUGGGAAGUUACGCCACUCCGUUGCGUCAUCCAUAUGAUGGUUGUAUCGUUUCGCGAAGAAGGGAAGAGGUGCAUACAAAGGGGCUCCUCCCCUCCUCGGGGGGCAGAAACUACCAUCACAUGGUACAAAAAAACGGGGUAGACGGAACUGAUCAAAUGAGCACACAUCUGGGACGUAUGGAGUUCCCCAUCGGAUAUACCACCAAUGUUGCAUGCCCUCACUCGUACGCCAUACGGGAAGAAGAAAAUUUUUUGUUUCGCUUGGUAAAUGGGAGAGGUCCUCCCAAAGGAGGUGAAGUGGAAAAUCUUCCGUAUCCAGUCGGUGCGAUCUCCUCCCAAGGGUUAGAUUGUAACUGGAGAGAAGGCAUAGACACACGGGAUACCAACCUUGGCAGCAACGUCGUACCGAAUAGACUAGCCAAUCAAUUACAGAAGGCACAAUUUUCAUCGCAACAUGACUGCCUUUUAAAAACAAAGUUAAAUGGAGAAGGGGUAACAACACCACAUGACGGUCACGCAGAUUUGCACAACAACGAAAGGACAAUUAUUCAUUCGAAAAUGAAAAAAACCUCAAGUGAGGAAAAUAAAACAACGAAUGAAUUAGGCACCAUGAAUGGGUUAGGUACGAUGAACGAGUUAGGCACGAUUCACAAGUUGGUGGAGGACAUGCAAAACGUGCAGCUCGUUAUUAAAGAAUUAACCGGUACAAUGGUCAGUGGUUGCCACAAAAAGGUGAGCAACCAUGGGGAUGCAAACACAACUGAACAGGCCCAUUCCCACUCCCACGGGGGAAACAUCAUUUCACUUCUUCCCCCAUUUCCCGACGGGGGACAAAACAAAGAGCGCGCAACGCAUAAGGGAAAUGACUCAAAUGAUAAUUUGUCCUCUGGCGACGUGGAAAAGUACGAAGAAAAAAUUGCCAACCUUGUGCAGGAACUAAUGAACACUAAACUGCUCUUGGCACAGAGUGAAACAAAACGGGAAGAGGAUAUUAACGAGAUGAACCGACGGUGCGGCAGUUAA